AUGGGUUCUGAUGAGGAACAUGAAUUAUCUCCCAAACUUCCAUUCAUAGAUUUCUCAUCAGAGCAGCUGAAACCAGGCACUCCCAUCUGGGAUUCCUUGAAACCCCAAAUUCGAGAAGCACUCCAAGAGUACGGCUGCUUCGAGGCAUCCUUGGGAGACGACAGCACGGUUAAUCCUGGCAAGCUUCAGCGUGAUGUUUUCAGUUCAUUGAAAGAGCUUUUCGAUCUGCCUUUGCACACCAAACAGCAGAGUGGCGUUUCUCAGCCGUUUCAACAUGGUUACGCGGCGCCGAAUCCUUUCUACCAGAGCUUUGGAAUGGACGAUCCCAAUUCGCUCGACGCGGUCGAAACCUUCACCAAAACAUUGUGGACCCGUGGAGGAAACCCAAGUUUCAGCAACAACAUUCACUCCAUGGCUGGGGUGGUUUCCGAAUUCGAUCGCACUGUGAGGAGAAUGAUACUCGAGAGUUUUGGGCUUGAGAAAUACAUAGACGAGCAUCUGAGUUCCACAACGUACCAUUUUAGGGUUAUGAAAUACGAAGCCGUCCAACCUCAUGGUGAGACAGAACUUGGGCUACGAGUUCACACGGAUAAGAGUUUCAUGACCAUACUGUGCCAAAACGAGGUUGGGGGGCUGGAGCUUCAAACCAAGAGAGGGGAAUGGGUUAAGUUCAGACCCACUUCUCCUAGUUCCUUCGUUGUUCUCAUCGGUGAUGCUCUUCAUGUAUGGCUGAAUGGUAGGGUACAUUGUCCCAAACACAAAGUUACAUUGCGUCAUUUACAUGAUAAGUCGAGAUACUCUUUUGGACUUUUCACAAUCCCGAAGCCAGGCUAUGUUAUAAAAGCCCCAGAAGAGUUGAUCGACGAGGAACACCCCUUGAGGUUCAAGCCCUUUGCUUAUCAGGAGUAUUUUGGUUUGGCGUACAGCAAGUCUGGGGUAAAAGACGCUUCUAUACUACAUGUGCCAAUGUUUCCUCCACCCAUUGUUACAUCAAAACUCUGA